AUGUUCUAUUCAGAGACGCUCCUCCAGAAGACCGGGCCUCUUGCCCGUGUCUGGCUCUCUGCCAACCUCGAGCGCAAGCUCUCCAAGAACCACAUUCUCCAGUCCAAUGUCACCGACAGCGUCGAGGCCAUCAUCACGCCGAACCAGGCGCCGAUGGCCCUGCGACUCAGUGGACAGCUCUUGCUUGGUGUUGUCAGGAUAUACCAGCGCAAAACGCGAUACUUGCUAGAUGAUUGUAAUGAAGCUAUGAUGAAGAUAAAAAUGGCGUUCCGAUCCACUGGUAACAAUGACUUGGCUGCCAACUUGCAAAUCACCAACCGCGAGUCUUUGCUUCUUCCCGAUCGUAUUACGCCAUACGACAACCUCGAGCUGCCUCCACCUCCUGAUGCCUCAUGGUUGCUUUCCCAAGUUGAUGACGUGUCGUCUUCACAAGUCGGUAGGAAGGGGCGCGUGAGCAACAACCGAGACAUCAACUUGCAGGAAGAUUUCGACAACAGCCAGUUUCUCCAAGGCGGUAUGACUCUGGAUGAAGACGCACUUGCGCCAAUGGAUGAUCUUGAGCUCGAGCUCGACUUUGGCCUUGACAUGGAUGGCGGCCCAAGCAUUGAAAUGGGUCGAGAUGCCCCCGCAGCGCGGUCAAUCGAAGACGAUGUCUUCAGCGAACUUGAUAUCAUGCCACGAUCAAAAGAGGGCGCCGGUCCCGAAGACAGUCGCAUGGAUGUCGACGGUACCGUGAGGAUCGCAGAUGAUGAGGGCGAUAUCCAGAUGGGCGAUGACGAUUUCCAGUUCAACCCUGGUGACGCGUCUGGCAUUCCCGAAAUGGCUGCGCUUGACAUCAACCGACGAAGAAUCUCGGAAUCUCCUCUAUCAGAUAUUGACGAUCAGUUUGCUAAAGAAAUUGAGGAGGAGUAUUCUCGCCAUGGCCACACAGAUCUCUACGAGCCCCAGGACGACGAGGAGAGCACCCAAGUCCAAAAGCCUGCCUCGCGUGCCAGGAAGCAGCGCAUCAUGAUGCCAGAUGAUGAAAUCGCCCUGUCCAGCACUCACAUCAAGCAACAGCAGGCCCACAGAGAAAACAUCACCAAGCCCGCUACCUUCCUGCCCCGCGAUCCUUUACUUCUGGCUCUCGCAGAAAUGCAAAAGAGUGGCGGCUUUGUAUCUUCCAUCAUGAUGGAGGGUAGAAGCUUGUCGUGGGCCCCCGAACUUCGCGGCAUGCUUUCAUUGGAUAUGGUCCGCGGUGCGAAUGACCUGAAGAGAAAGCGUGACAGUGGCGUUGCCGACGUGGACAGCGUGGGCCUCAAAUCUCCCCGUCUCGAGCUGGGAGAUGACACCGAUUUUACUCUCGAUGGAAACGCCUUUGGUAACAACAGCGUGGCCGCUGAUGGUACUAUUCUCGAGAUUCCCGCCGACGAAUCUGCAGCUCACUUUGACGAAGACCACGCGGACAGGGAAGGUAGCCCAAUGCCUGCAUUUGAAGACACGACGCUGCCUCUUAUUCAUCCUGCUGACAGCGGCGCUGUGUCCGCUGGCACCAAGCAUGCUGUUCACAUUCUCCGAGAGCUGUUUGGCCCUGAUGCCGCCGAGGAUGCGGACAAGAGAAAGAAAUCAACAGUUGUCUUCCAAAAAUUGCUGCCUGAGAAGGAAACCACCAAGGCUGACGCAACCAAGAUGUUCUUUGAGUGCUUGGUGCUUGCUACCAAGGAUGCCAUCAAGGUCGAACAGAGCUCAGGCCUUGGCGAUCCCAUCAAAGUCCGAGGAAAACGCGGACUCUGGGGCGCUUGGGCAGAGCGAGAAGCUGGAGGCGAGAUCUCCAACCAAGACGAGCCCGAGUCCGCUGCCCCUAUGAGUGUUGCGGCGGUUGCCGUCGAGGCAUAG